UCCACGGCAAUGGGCAAAUCACCUGAAGGUGUCACGUUGGCCACAGACGCCGCCGCGUUGCAUUUCCUCCGCACGGCCUCCAAGGACAGCCUCGUGGAAGCCCUCGACAUUACACCGACUGUAGCUGCACGCAUCCUUGACCUGCGAACCACAUGCGGCUUUGCAUCCAUUGACGACGUCAAGAAGCUUGCGAUGCGCAAGAGAGAGCUCCUGGCGCUUCAGGACGCCCUGGGGUAUGCGGCAUCAAGAAUCGAUCUCGGCGACGACUACAAUACACCACAGUUCCCCGCCACGGACAGUGACCCAACACCGUUCAUCAAGCAGCGCGGCGCGUUUUCUGAAAAAGCGCUCAACAAAGCCCAGCGUCCGUGCCCUCGUCGCGUCGACUGCCACCGCUACGGCCGCUAGUGCCGUACGUGUUGCGUAAAACGUCCAAGUAAUCGUCCA